AUGACCCUCAUGGACGUAUCAAAUGGUAAAGAGUUCAAUGGUGACCUUGAUCGGGAGAAAUUCUAUCAGAAGCUCUUCCAGCAGAAAGGUCACGAAACUGUGUCAAGAUACAAUUUGACAAAUCCACAUCUCUUUGGCGUCGCGGCCGUAUUCGCCGGAUCACCACCAAACUACAACAAGACGGCCACAGCUGAUGAAGCCUUAGUUUCGACCAUUGGCAAUGUUCCUUUUAUUGUUGCUUGCAAUAGCACCAUCUACGACGUGAUAUAUCGAUCUGUGAACCAGACCAUAACGAUUGAAACCAUCAGUCCGAGUAUCCUAGACGUGUCACAGAGCAUCAAUGGGCCGAUGAUGAUCGCCCAGCAAGUAGUCCAGCCCUCACUACAAAUGAGAUUCUUAUACUCCAUGGCUGCAGCCUAUUCAGAAAUGGAAACCGCAAAUACCUUUGGACGAUGGUACAGCGAGACAUCACUAGCAUUUUCCAUCGCGGCAUUCGAAGAAGUACCCAGCCUGGCAGAAAGGACAGGUUAUUAUCUCUUUUAUAAAUAA